CUCUCCCAGGACUGUUCUGACUCUGCUUUCUGUCGCUGACUAGCAGCAGUGAUCAGUGCUGAAAGAGAAGCGCAAGAGUACUUGUCUGAUCUCUCUACUGGCUCUUCUGUCAUCUUUUAAGAAAAGAACAAUAAUAAUCUAACUCUUGCCAUGAGUGUUGGCUGGCUCUAUUUGGUGACCUUUUGUCUCACUUGCACCUGCUGUCGUGCAGAGAAAGGAUUAGAAAUCCCAAGGUACGAUGGGAAGGACAGAGUUAUCGAUAUCGACAUGAAAAACUACCAGAAGGUUAUGAAAAAGUUUGAUGUAUUAUGCCUCUUGUAUCAUGAGGCCAUCCCUGCUGGAGACAAAGUUGCUCAGAAACGGUUUGACCUGGUGGAACUCGUAUUAGAGAUGGCAGCUCAAGUCUUGCAGGAAAAAGACGUUGGAUUUGGUCUCGUAGAUGAGAAGAAAGAUGCAAAAUUAGCCAAGAAAUUGGGUCUGAUAGAAACUGGGAGUUUGUACAUCUUUAAGGAGGAUAAUCUUAUUGAGUACGAUGGAGAGCUCUCUGCUGAUGUGCUGGUGGAAUUUCUUCUGGACCUGGCAGAAGAACCAGUGGAGAUCAUUGAAGUGGACGUAGAGAUUCAGAGUUUUCUUAGGAUUGAAGAUGAGAUCAAACUGAUCGGAUAUUUUAAAAGCGAAGAUUCUGAACAUUACAAAGCAUUUGAGGGAGCAGCUGAGCACUUUCACCCUUACAUUCAUUUUUUUGCUACGUUUGAUAAAGGGGUCGCGAAGAAGCUUUCCAUGAAGAUGAAUGAGGUGGAUUUUUAUGAACCUUUCAUGGAUGAACCGAUCACCAUUCCUGACAAGCCACACUCAGAGGAAGAAAUCGUAGAGUUCAUUCAGGAGCAAAAGAGGUCAACUCUCAGAAAACUGCGUCCAGAGAACAUGUUUGAGACGUGGGAAGAUGAUAUGGAUGGGAUCCACAUAGUGGCUUUUGCUGAAGAAGAAGAUCCCGAUGGUUAUGAAUUUUUAGCGAUUUUAAAAGAAGUAGCAAAAGAUAACACCGACAAUCCAGAACUCAGCAUUAUAUGGAUCGACCCCGAUGACUUCCCCCUGUUGUUUACAUACUGGGAAAAAGUGUUCAAGAUUGACCUUCACAAACCUCAGAUUGGAGUCGUGAAUGUCACUGAUGCUGACAGUGUCUGGAUGGAUAUUAAAGAUGAAGAUGAAUUGCCAUCGGUUGAUGAGCUGGAAGAUUGGAUCCAUGACGUGCUCUCAGGAAAGGUUAAUACAGAAGAUGAUGACGACGGUGAUGAUGACGAUGAUGAUGACGACGAUGAUGAUGAAGAUGACGAUGAUGCUGAUGACGACGAUGAUGAUGAUGACGACGACGAUGAUGACGAUGAUGACGACGACGAUUAACUACUUAGUAUAGCAAUUCGCUGUCUGCAAUGUGAAUAAAUGAUUGUAUCAUUCUCAACAUAUUUAAGUGGCUCGUAAUUCUCAUGAUGCAUAACUGGAGGUCACGGAAUUAAAGUCAAAUCUCAGUCACUCAGAAUAAAAAGUAACGGAUUUAAAAACUC